AUGCAAAAACCAAAAGUUCUAUUACCAUACAAAUCGCGCCAGGAUUUCGCGGAUGAUACGGCCGAAUGGAAAAGGAUGGAGGAAUUGGUCGAAUUCGUGAAAUAUCAAUUGACAAGCGAAGAGGAUUUUAAAAGGUAUUUACCAGACUCCGAUAUUUCUGCAUUGUGGAUAACUGAAGAUCUCUUCAUUUAUGCAGGCGGCCCUGCAAAGUAUAUUGACUUUUUCCCCAGGUCGUUACGCACAAUUGUAGUUCCAUGGGUUGGAACCGAUUUUAUCGAUGGGAGUAAGCUAAGGGGGGAAAAAGACAUUGUCCUGUGUAAUAUCGGUCCAAAUGCGGCUGAGAAUGUAGCAGAUCUGGCACUAUAUCUGACAUUAAGUUGCUUCCGCAUGACAUCCUUUUGGGAGCAUAGUUUCAGGUUUGUCAACGGGGGGAAAGUGGGGCCCUGCAGAGAGUAUAUCGGCGGAAAGAAGAACAGUGUAAUCAAGGGAGCGGCAUUGGACCCUGAAACAGGCAAUCUCGAGAUACAAGAACAUGUGUUUCCAGAAAGGCUCAGCCAUGAACAGGCCGAAAAAGUGAACUUCGCCAAAGAUUUCACACUAGCAGGUAAAACUGUCGAAUCACCUACCGGUAAAAAUGCGCUAGUUUUGGGAUUUGGGGCCAUAGGGCAGACAAUUGGCAAAAAAUUGCAUUAUGGCCUAGGUAUGAACAUCCACUAUUAUAAGAGGUCAGGUCCACUUCCAAAAGAGUAUUUGGGAUAUCCGGCAUGCUAUCACGGUUCUUUGGUCGACAGAGAAACAUGGGGCGCUAUAGAUUUGAUCGUGAUGGCUCUUCCUGGGAAUAACUCUACAGAAAACCUAUUAAAUAAAGAAGUGUUAAACAUGUGCAAGGAGGGUGUUCGUGUAGUAAACGUCGGACGUGGAUCCUGCGUAGACGAGGACGCUUUACUAGAAGCAUUGGACUCCGGAAAAGUUAGUAGUGCAGGAUUAGAUGUCUUCAAAGAUGAGCAAACUGGAAUAGACGAAAGGUUCCUCAAAAGAUGGGAUGUCACCUUGUUGCCUCACAUUGGAAGUGCUGUAGCUGACAUAAUUAAAAGGCAGACGAUCAUUACCUUGCAAAACUUGGAAAGUGUCCUAAUCAAAGGAGAGGGUGGCAUAUAUCCAGUUAACUAG